AUGGAAGCCAUCCUGAAACCCUUUGGAGAAUACUUCUUUCAAUUCUGUAAGAUGUCUGGCUAUGACAGGAUGCUUCGGACACUCGGAGGAAAUCUCAUGGAGUUUAUGGAAAACCUGGAUGCCCUCCACAGUUACCUGGCACUCUCCUAUCAGGAGAUGAAUGCACCAUCGUUUCGUGUGGAGAGAGGAACAGACGGGAAAACGUUUCUCCAUUACUACUUGGAUAGAAGCGGUCUGUGCCACAUUGUCCCAGGUAUCAUUGAGGCUGUGGCCAAAGACUUCUUUGACAUUGAUGUAACCAUGGACAUUCUUGACAUGAAUGAAGAAGUGGAGAGGACAGGGAAGAAGGAGCAUGUUGUGUUUCUGAUUGUACAAAGGGCUCGUGGAAAAAUGAGAAAGACAAAGACAGACAGGUUACAGGACAAUCAGGUCAUCGAGAGAGACCAAAAGGCCUUCCAGGCAGCUCUUCUCAGAAUGAAGAAGAAAUAUUUGAAUAUUUCUGCUUGUCCUGUGAAAAAAUCCCACUGGGAUGUUGUGAGAAGCAUAGUCAUGUUUGGAAAAGGGCAUGUCGCAAAUGCCUUUGAGCCAGUUUAUCCUGAGAAACUCUGGAUUGAACAGAAGACAUUCUGCAAUGCUUUUCCUUUCCACAUCGUAUUUGAUGAAUCACUACAGGUCAAGCAAGCCAGAGUGAACAUUCAGAAGUAUGUACCAGGACUCCAAACCCAGAAGAUUCAACUGAAUGAGUAUUUCUCCAUCAUUCAUCCUCAAAUUACCUUCAACAUUUUCAGCAUCCGCAAAUUUAUCAACAGUCAAUUUGUCCUGAAGACGCAAAGAGAAAUGAUGCCUGCAGCAUGGCAAAGUCAGCCCACACUCAAACUUCGAGGCCAGAUGAUCUGGAUGGAGUCCAUGCAGUGCAUGGUGUACCUGUGUUCUCCAAAGCUCCACAGCCUGCAAGAGCUGGAAGAAUGCAAUAUGCAUCUUUCUGACAUCGCCCUCCAUGACACCACCAGGGAUCUCAUCCUCCUGAACCAGCAGCGGCUGGCUGAGAUGGAGCUGUGCAACCAGCUGGAGAGGAAGAAGGAGGAGCUGCGGGUCCUCUCCAAGCACUUGGCCAUCGAAAAGGAGAAAACAGAGACUUUGCUUUAUGCCAUGCUGCCCAAACACGUUGCCAACCAGCUGAGGGAGGGCAAAAGGGUGGCUGCAGGAGAGUUUAAAAGCUGCACAAUCCUUUUCAGCGAUGUGGUGACAUUUACCAACAUCUGUGCUGCCUGUGAACCUAUACGGAUAGUGAACAUGCUGAACUCCAUGUACUCCAAGUUUGACAGAUUAACCAGUGUGCACGCGGUCUAUAAAAAAGUCGAAUCCAAACCAUGUGUUAUUCCUUAUGUAGCAUCACAUGACUACCCCAGGAGCUUCCUCUUCUCUGGGAUUCGUUUCCACCAAAAGCAGACAGGCUGUCUCAUGGAUGUUUCCUGA